GGCCGGAGAGCGCCGAGGGCGCCGGCGAUGAGCGCAAUAGGAGGAUGAUCCGGAACCAGUACCGGGAGCUCAUCUACAGCGUGCAGCAAAAUCGUGAGGACAUGCUGAGUUCAAAAAGCAACAGACUGACAGAAGCUUUGGAAGAAGCCAAUAAACUGUUUAGUGGAGUUUCCUGUGCACGAGAGGCUGCGCUGGAUGCCCAAUUUCUUGUCUUAGCAUCAAAUCUAGGAAAGGAGAAGGCCAAUGAGUUGCACUCUGAGAUGACAGCAUUUGAUUCACUAGCAUUUGCAGAAGACUUGCUAACCUUCAUGGGUAUAAAUCGCAUAGAAGUAGAAGAAAAUGAUAGUGAUUCUGAGGGCAUUGCAGGUGGCUAUUUACCUAGUAAUGCCUGGUAUAAACUGGGAGAAGAAACAGAAAAGUACUUCAGAAGAGCACCUUCUUUUCACUAUAUGUUGGGAUCUUUCAAGUCUGAUCCUCCUGUACCAAGGCAGCGGAUUGAGAGGCAGAAGAAGACUACAGGAGGGGAAGAAAAACGGGCAAUGCCUGCUCAGUUAAAAAAAAUGGAGGAGUCUCAUCAGGAAGCUACAGAAAAAGAAGUGGAGAGGAUCUUGGGAUUAUUGCAAACUCAUUUUAAAAAUGAUCCUGAUACGCCUAUUUCCUUCUUUGAUCUUGUGAUUGAUCCAAACUCUUUUGCACGCACUGUGGAAAACAUCUUUCAUGUGUCCUUCAUUAUAAGGGAUGGUUUUGCAAGAUUAAAGCUGGAUGACGAUAAAUUGCCAAUAAUAGAGCCUUCGAAAGACAGCGGGGGAAGAGAGAAUGACCAUAAUGCUGGAGCACGGAACCAGGUUGUCAUAUCUCUGAACCAUCAAGAAUGGAAGGAGAUCGUGGAAACGUAUGAAAUAACAGAACCCAUGAUUAGCCCUCCUUAUCAGAGAAAUGAAGAUGAAAUGGACAUAGCUUAAUUCUUCAAGUGCCUUAAAGAAAAUAUUUUAAAAUGUUUCCUUCAGAGAAGAUUUUAUAUGUAUAUAUUGUAAAAUUAAAAUUAUUUUUAUUGGAACAUCUCGACACUACAUGUAAGCUGUCUUGUUUAUACCUGUCACAGGUUUAUUAGCAUAUACUUUCUAUUUAUUAUGGAUUUGUUUACUACUUUAUAUAACUUUUACUGACACUUAAAAGCUUUCAUAAAAAGGAAAUGCUAUCCCCCUUCUUCCAUCCCUUGUCCCUCCCCAGUAGCAGCCUGCAAGUGGAAUUUACAUGGUUAACCAUCUCUGCUGUGAUAAUUUUGUUACCUAGAUCUUGGGUGCUCCAGGAGAAAUUGCUAUU